CCCGUGCGGCAACAACAAUCACAGAUCGAAGAUGGAGAGCGCGAACGCUGGCCGCAAUAUGAGCUUAGCGGCUUUACAGAGACAAGAUCCGUACAUCAACAAGCUGCUCGAUGUGACCGGACAGGUGGCACUUUACAACUUCAACUCCGAAGCCAACGAGUGGGAGAAAACUGAAAUCGAGGGAACACUGUUCGUUUAUGCGAGGUCUGCCUCACCUCACCACGGCUUCACUAUUAUGAACCGACUGAGCACUGAGAACUUGGUGGAGCCAAUCAACAAAGAUCUAGAGUUCCAGCUGCAAGAUCCCUUUCUUCUCUACAGGAAUGGCAACUUGGGAAUCUACAGCAUCUGGUUCUAUGACAAGAGGGACUGUCAACGUAUCGCUCAGCUGAUGGUCAAGAUUGUAAAACAAGAAGCAGAUCAAGCCCGCAGAGACUCCCCACAGAGGGCAGAGCCAGGGAGGACCAACGGUGUUGCAGAACCUCGAUCGGUUGACAUCCUAGAAUUGCUCAGCAAAGCCAAGGAGGAAUACCAAAAAGCUCAGACAGGUGAAACAGAUGCGUCUGUUGCUGCAGACACGAAUGUGAAAGCCGCUGUCAGUGUGGCAGAGAACGCCCACAGCACAUCGCAACCUGGAAAGAGCUCUCAUACAAUUGUGAAGCAGAUUACCGUUGAGGAACUCUUUGGUUCCUCCCUCCCGAAGGACCCCUACCUACCCGGCAUGCCUCACCAGAAUAACUCUGGCAGUGACCCCACCGUGAUCUACCUCCCGAACCAAAAGUACCCUCCUCUGGCUCAUCAAAACACCCUCCUCUCUCCCAAUCUCACAGGCCCAGAUCCUGGGUCCAACCAGAGAUGCCAAACCCUUGGACUGCUAACAGGCCCUUAUACUCUACAACCCAGUCCUGUUUUGCACUCAGUGGGCCCCAGAUCAGACCCCCAUCCUCUCUGCUCAGUGUCCCCACUGAUGGUUCCUCCAACUCAGCCAGAGCCUGGUACCGCAGCGUCACCGGCUUCAAAGGCGUAUUUGGGGCAGGAGAUACUAAGCACACUCAAACCAGGGCUGCUGCCCGCUGUGAACCCAGACCUGCACAAGCCCAUCCUCACACCCAACCUGCUGCCGAGCACCUUAGUCCCACCCCAGAGUUUCCAAGAGCCUGUGGGGAAAAACUUUCUCCAGCAUGGAAAGGACGUGGACGUUUACUCGCAGGCCUCAAGCCUGAUCAGACCGAUGUCUGCUGUCGUCACAAGUGCAGGUCUUCCUGUUCCGGGUUCAGAGGUGUCCAUGCUCCUCUCCCCCAGCGCCUUUCAGCACCAUUCCAUUAAUAAGACAGCAGCAGUACUUCCUCCACCCUCCUCCGAGCCCUCCCCCUGCUCUAGCUCCUCCUCCUCCUCCACGGAUCCUCUGAAAGCACCUUGCAGCAAGACGCAGCUGCAGGAGGCUCUGAUACACCUCAUUAAGAAUGACCCAGACUUCCUCAGCACCAUCCAUGAUGUCUACCUGCAGACUCUGUCCAAGGACUUUGGCAGUAUGAAGCUAUAGCCGUACUUCAACCAUCACGUGUUGGCGGUACUGCGACCACAUGUGAGGUGACCAGGAGCACACACGUCAGGUUUCCGACACACUGAACACAGACACGUAACCGGGGUUUUAAGGAUCAGUGCAGUCCGGUCUUGCCUCCACCCCGCCUGGACCCUGAGGCUGCAGUGCUACUUUGUUAACUUGGAUUUUGUCUUCGAGUUUCACAGUUGAAUUACCGAGUAAGACAUGAAUGUCUAGUUAAGAUUUGGACAUGCAUCUUGAGAAGGACAUAAAGCAUUCCUUCUGUGGCUUUUUUUUUUUUUUUUUAUGGAACCUGCUGCUGGAAAACAGGACCACAGUGGAGGAUCAGUGACCUGAACUCACUCACAUUUGACCCUUUGGACAUGUGACUCGUUGGGAAUAGUAUCUGUUUUUCCUCAGCUCGCACUGCGAGGUACGAGAACUGAGGCGCUGCACUCGGACUACUUCUGAAGAAACGUUGACCUUCUGCUGCGUACCUCUGAUUUUCUUUGCAGGCAUAAAGUCUCCGUGGAGUUGCAGAAACAAACAGUUUUUAUGUUUUGUUUUUUUUGUUGUUUUUUUCUCACUGAAACUUUUUUUGGCUCGUGGUAACAUUGUUCAUGUCUUAGCCAAGAAAGCUAAAGGACUUCCACAUUUGUUCACUGAAGCACUUACGAGGCGCUCGUAACCCGUACGAAUGGAUUCCGCUCUGUUGCUUUUUAACUCCGACGGCUCUGAGCGUUCAGUAUUAAAGCGUUAUCACAAACUUUGUAGCUGAAGUGAAUGAAACUUGUCCCUUUCCUUCAGAAAUCUAUUAAAUCUGAAAGUGAUAACUCA